GGACCAUGGAUGCCACCACUGUUUCUUUGCGGUAUGAAAUCUUGGCAAAAGUUGGCGAAGGUUCCUACAGCCAAGUCUUCAAGGCCAGAGAAACGGGUGAGCAACAGCGACUCCUGGCGGUGAAGAAAUUCACCAUCCAAGGACAUUCAGCAGAGAUGGGGAUCCCGCCCUGCAUGAUCCGCGAGGUGUCACUGUUGCGCAAAAUGAGAUGCUUCAACCACCCCAACGUCGUAAAAUUGCUGGAUGCAUCUGCUGUAUCAGCAGGCAGGAGCAUGGAUCUCACAAUGGUGUUUGAAUUCAUUGAUCAGGAUCUGUCAACCUACAUCGCAAAGGCUCCUGCUUCUGGUCUGAGCCGUGACUCCAUUAAGCAUGUGAUGAUGCAGUUGCUGCAGGGGUUGGACUUCCUGCACACAAACAUGGUGCUCCAUCGUGACCUAAAACCAGAAAACAUUCUGGUCAGCAGCCAUGGAGAGGUCAAGAUUGCUGACUUUGGGAUGGCACGAAUUUACGCCUUUAAUAUCGCUCUCACUCCUGGCGUGGUGACGCUGUGGUACCGAGCUCCUGAGGUGCUCCUCAACUCUGUUUACAUGUCCGCUGUGGAUGUGUGGAGCGCCGGCUGCAUCUUCGCCGAACUCUUCCUCUUGAGACCGCUCUUUAAGGGACAAACGGAGGCGCAGCAGCUGCAGAAAAUCUUUGAGGUGAUUGGUCUUCCAAGUGAGGAGGACUGGCCCAAGGAGAGUCCAAUAUCCUACUCAGCCAGCUGGGGACCAAAAACUCCUGACACCCAGCUGAUGCCCAACCUGAGUCCAGAGGAGAAUGGCCUUCUCUCUCAAUGUCUGGCGUUCAGACCGAGCAGUCGUAUCACGGCGGUCAAAGCUCUGGCUCAUCCUUUCUUCAAGCACUGAAGAUAUCAAUCAAAUGGGAAGUAGAGAUCAGAACAUCAUCCUUUUCUCUGCCAUCCCUUGGAUUAAAUAGCCUUGUGCCUUGAAAGCCUUUGUACACUCUGUUGGUUUGAGGAAACACAGUUACCCCUCUUGAGUAAAUUAACGAAGAUCCCAAGUGCACAAAAUGUGUAUCUAGGUGAGAUGGGAACUUACUAACUCAUACAUUUUGACUAGUUUCUUCAAUGUAGUUGUUAAAUGGAACAAUUCACAUCAUAAAAAAAAAAAAACAAAAAAAACGCUCAUU